AGGAAAACUAGUUGCAGUAGUGAUCCCCGGGGUGGGUGGGUCCCAAUCACCACGACACAGCGCGUCCUCGGGUUGCGGAUAGAGGAAAAGCCUCGCUAUCUCGGUUGAGGAUAGAGGUUAGCUGCGAAUAAAUUGAAUAAGCAGUCGCGGACAGCCGAUUGGAAUGGUCCUCCUGUUUGGGGGUUGGGCGUGGGUUUGAUAGGCUCACACCGUGAAACGACUUUAUCUAGAAACAACCAAAACUCGCCAUGGAUUCUUCUGGGGUAAAAUUUUCCGGAGGUAAACUAGUCCCCCGUUCGGAUCUCCGGGUGGGGACUACCUCGGGGAACUCAUGUCGUAUAAAGUCAAAACACGGGAGAGACAUCAAAGUGGGUACGUGGAACGUCCGAAGUCUUUACAGACCUGGGGCGUUUCAAUCGAUGGUCGGGGAGGUCGAAAGGUACGGGGUAGAAGUUGUCGCGUUGCAAGAAACAAGAUGGGCCGGGGAGGGUUCGCUUAAUGCGGGUUCGUACACGCUUCACUAUGGAGGGUCGGAGAUCCAUAGUCUUGGCAUCGGUUUUAUGAUUAAUAGGAAAAUCUUAUCCGCGGUAAAAGACAUUAAAUUUAUAAACGAAAGAUUAGGAUUGCUCGUUGUGCAGGGCCGAUGGUACAAGAUCGCGAUAAUCAACGUACACGCGCCGACGGAAGAUAAAGAUGGCGAAAUUAAAGACGGGUUCUACGAAGAACUCGAACACCUCGUGGAUCAAUUACCGAACGAUUACAUGAAAAUAGUCGUGGGAGAUUUUAACGCGAAAAUCGGUAAAGAGGACAUUUUUAGACCAACGAUCGGGCUCGAAAGUUUGCACGAGGAAAGUAACGAUAACGGAGUGAGGGUAAUUAACUUUGCGACCGGCAAAAAUCUUAUCGUCAAAAGCACGUAUUUUAAACACAAAAAUAUCCAUAAACAAACUUGGAUUUCCCCGGAUGGAGGCACGCGUAACCAAAUUGAUCACGUUCUUGCAGAUAAACGGCGUCACACGAACGUACUCGAUGUCAGGUCUUAUAGGGGGGCGGAUUGCGACUCGGAUCACCUCUUUGUAAUUGCCAAAAUCAGGGAACGUCUUUCGCUAAACAAAACUAACGGGCAGUUGUUUGGAACUAAACGUCUAAAUGUACAAGGUUUGAUCGAGGGAGAAAACGGAAUAAAAUACGCGGUCGAAGUAACGAAUAGACUCGCGGCUUCAAAGGAAAUAGAUGAAUCGGAUGAUAACACGGUUGAUAAACACUGGGAAAACGUACGAGACGCGAUAGUAAAAUCGGCGGAGGCCACGGUUGGUUUUUGUAAAAGGAACAAAAACAAGCCGUGGUUUGACGAAGAAUGCGUAAAAAUUGUUAAAGUACGAAACGAAGCGCGCAUCACGUGGUUGGCUCAAAAUACGAAGGAAACUCGGGAUCAGUUUCUUAAGAUUAGGCAAGAGGCUCAUAAUAUGUUUAAAAUUAAGAAGCGUCAAUACUUAAAACGUAAAAUUGAAGAAAUAGAUGAAAAUUGUAAAAGCAGUAACGUACGAGGCACGUACAUGGGGAUAAAUAAUUUUAGAAAGGGAUUCCAAGCUAGGACGGAAAUGGUGAAAGAUGAGAACGAUAAUUUAGUUACGGAUACAACGGCAGUUUUAAACACAUGGAAAAAUUAUUUUGAUCGGUUAUUGAAUGUCGAAUCUGAAAACGACCGGGAAAUAGAGAAUUUUGAGUAUCACACGGCUGAACCUAGGAUUAACGAACCGACAAUUUCAGAAGUAGAAAGCGCGAUUAAAAAAUUAAAAAAUCACAAAGCACCGGGUAAUGACUUGAUUCCGGCGGAACUGAUUAAAUGGGGGGGAAGUAGAUUGAUAGAAGAAAUUCAGAAAUUAAUUAUCUUAAUAUGGAAUAAAGAAGCAUUGCCGGAACAAUGGAAAGAUUAUGAGAUAAUUGGAGAUCAUCAAUGCGGCUUUAGGAGAAAUAGAUCGACUGCGGACCAAAUCUUUACUAUUCGGCAAAUCUUGGAGAAAAAAUGGGAAUUCGACCAAUCGGCUGCGUUCCGAAUUACGCAUGAAGCGCAUGAUGUAUUGUUUUAUCCUUCUUUAUCAUUUGGUGAACAACAAGAACAAAUGAUGCAUCAUGCGCUCCAUGCGUAA